AUGGCAAAGUCACGAAAAAUACCAACCGGCCGACUUCCGACACUGCGGUCUACACGACGGGCUGUCAUCGGCGAGUCUUCAUCCGUCUUCCCUGUCGCAUCAGCGGUUGCUCCACCCAUGGCCCAAUCAGAACCACUUUUGCCCGUUCCCAUUGCUUUUGCACCGCCGGCUCGAUCUUACACCACCAGCACCGCCGGUCGCUCCACGGCGGUCCGGGUAGACUACGAUGAGUCUCAUGCGGUUGUCACUCCGGUAAGUAUCACUACAACUCAUCCCUUAUUGACAACAAUAUUUCCCUCCAUUUUCACUAUACCUAUCACUACCACCAUCGGUGCCGGUCCGUCUACUUCACGAUUGCCGGCCGCCGUACCUUUUCCCCCUACAACAAAUAAACCCCUUUUUCUAGUCCUAACCACACCACCACCUACCAUUCCUACCUUUUCACCCAUACCAUCGCCUAUUAGCCCUCCACCCACACAACAACCUCCUAUACCCCUUCCAUCGACACCACUCGGCCCACCCACCAUACAUGAUUUCGACCUUAACCUUAGUGAUACCCUAGGGGAGGAGUUCCAAUUUGAUUUUGAAGAUAAUGCUUCCUCAAAUCUAGAAGAGUUGUUCCCUUUUUCUGUUCCUGAGACGAUGAAAGAGCAAACACAGAAACCCCAAGAGACUCAAACAGAGGAUGCUCCUCCUGCUGAGGAAACACCAGUCACUGCCCCGGUGGGCAGACUAUGA